UAAUUUGUAGUCGCAUCUGCUGUGCAUCUCCUUCCUCACACUCCCGCCUCCUCCUCCUCCUCCUCCUCCUAAAACCCUCCAUCAAAAACAGCAUCGUGUAAUUGUAUCGCCAUCUCUUACUCGGCAGGUCCUCAAUCAACCACAUAUCCUUCUUCACCGCUGCUAUUCCUGGUAGAAAGUUGGUAAUCGCAUUUGUGACACGUGCUCAAAUUUUUUAUUAUAUUCAUGGAUGCUGACCGGUUUGGAUCAAGGCGUGAAAGAAGUGAAGAAAGGUAUCGAGCUGGCUCCCCAGUAAGAGAGUCUACAGAAGGAGACUUUGAUGAUUCAGAAGAAUAUGAUAGAGACAAAUCUAGAGAAUUGACCAAACACAGUAGUAAGGAUAAGAAGAAAAGUCGGAGAGAGGAUAAGGAUCAUAGAAGCAGAGACAGAGAUCGAUCAAAGCUAAAGGAUGAGUUAAAAGAAAAAGAGACAGAAAAGGAUUUUGAAAAAGAAAGAACAUCUAUCAAGGAAAAGCGGAAAGAAGAGAAGGAAGAGCAUGAAAAGGAUAGGGUAAAAGAUAAAGGUAGGGAGAAGGAUAGUGACAGGGAUAAGCAUAGAGGGAAAGAUCAUGAUAGAGAUGAAAAAGAUCGAGGGAGAAAAAAAGAUCGUGAAAGGGAGCGAGAUAAUGAACAAGAGAGUACCCGAGGACGUGAGAAGGAUAGAGGAAAAGAAAAAAGCAAAGAGAAGGAGGAGAGAGAGAAGGAGAAAUCAAAAGAUAGAGAUAGGGGAAAAGAUAGAGAAAGGGGUAAGGAGAAAGAAAGGACUAGAGACCGAGAGAGAGAUAAAGAUCAUGAGAAGAAUAAGGGUAGAGAUUUAGACAAGGAGCAAGUAAAAGAUAGCAUUAGAGAAAGAGAGAGGGAGGUGGAUAACGAAAAGGAGAGGUCCAGGGACAAGGAGAAAGUUGGAAAAAGAAGUCGAGAGGAUCAGGAUCACAGUAAAGAUGGGGGAAGAGACACUAAGGCUAAAAGAGAUGGUGAUGACAACAGGGAGAGGGAGACCUCUGAGCUGGAAAACAUGCCUCUUGACAAGGAUGGCACUGGUCCAGUCAAGCAAAGGGAUUAUGUUACAGAUACAUCAGUGAAUCCAAGUCAGUCUCGAAUGGAGGUUGCGGAGCGCAUCUUAAGAAUGAAAGAAGAAAGACUGAAAAAGACGUCUGAUGGAGCUUCUGAAAUUUUAUCAUGGGUCCAUAAAAGUCGAAAACUCGAGGAGAAGAGUAUUUCUGAAAAGGAGAAAGCUUUGCGGAGGUCAAAGAUUUUGGAGGAGCAGGACAAUCUGGAUGAAGAUGACACUGAAGAUAAAGAGAAUUCAGAUGCUUUGGCCGGAGUCAAGGUUCUUCAUGGAAUUGACAAAGUUCUGGAAGGAGGUUCAGUUGUUUUGACUCUCAAAGAUCAGGAUAUACUUGCCAAUGGUGACUUAAAUGAAGAUGUUGACAUGCUUGAGAAUGUGGAAAUUGGGGAGCAGAAGCGGAGGAGUGAAGCUUACAAAGCAGCAAAGAAGAGUUCCGGAAUAUAUGUUGACAAGUUCAAUGACGAGCCUGGGGAAGAGAAGAAGAUGCUUCCACAAUAUGAUGAUCCAGCUGAGGAGGAGGGGGUUGUCUUAGAUGCCGCUGGGCGGUUUGCUGGUGAAGCAGAAAAGAAAUUGGAAGAGCUUCGCAGAAGGCUUCAAGGUCCUCCCAUGAACAAUCAAGCUGAGGAUUUGAGUGCAUCUGUAAGAAUCUCAUCUGAUUACUACACUCCUGAGGAAAUGCUCCAGUUCAGGAAACCCAAGAAAAAGAAAUCAUUACGUAAGAAGGAUAAGCUUGACUUAGAUGCUCUUGAAGCAGAGGCAAGAAUUACUGGUUUGGGUGCUUCAGAUCUUGGUUCACGUAGUGAUAGCAAAAGACAGGCUGCUAAAGAGGAAGAAGAAAGAUACGAGGCUGAGAGGCGAAAGAGUGCCUACCAAGCUGCAUUUUCAAAAGCAGAUGAAGCAUCUAGGGCUCUUCGCAUGGAACAAGAUGUUAAUCCUGCCAAUGAAGAAAAUGAUACCCUGGUGUUUGCAGACGACGCUGAGGAUCUGCACAAGUCCAUGGAAAGAACUAGAAAACUAGCUUUAAAAAAACAAAAUGAGAAAAUUAUAUUUGGGCCAGAAGCAGUUGCACGUCUUGCAUCUUUAACUACCAACAAUCAGGCCACAGAUGCCCAAAAUUCAAAUCCUGGGGAUGCUGCAGAUAAUAAGGUUGUCUUCACUGAGAUGGAGGAGUUUGUUUGGGGUCUUCAGCUAGAUGAAGAGGCUCAAAGGCCAUAUGAUGAAGAUGUGUUUAUGGAGGAAGAUGAAGCUCCGAAAGAUUUUGAGGAGAAAAAGGAUGAGACUGGUGGUUGGUCAGAGGUUGUUGAUUCCGGAAAGGAUGAACAGCUUAAGAGUGAAAAUGAAGAGGAUGUAGUUCCAGAUGAAACACUUCAUGAAGUUCCUGUUGGGAAAGGAUUGUCUGGUGUGCUUAAGUUGCUUAAAGAUCGGGGCACACUCAAAGAAACUAUUGAAUGGGGCGGAAGAAACAUGGACAAGAAAAAGAGCAAGCUAGUUGGCAUCCAUGAUGAAGAAGGAGGACCUAAGCAGAUACGUAUGGACAAGAAAAAGGGCAAGCUGGUUGAUGAAGUGCCUAAGGAGAUAAAUCUGGAGCGGUUGGAUGAAUUUGGUAGAGUUCUGACUCCAAAACAAGCCUUUCGUUUGCUUUCUCAUAAAUUUCAUGGAAAAGGACCUGGGAAAAUGAAACAGGAAAAGCGGAUGAAACAGUACCACGAUGAAUUGAAGCAGAAGCAAAUGAGUUCCACUGAUGUGAUACCACAGUCUGUGGACAGAAUGAGAGAGGCACAAGCUCAAUUGAAAACACCGUAUCUUGUUCUUAGUGGGAAUGUUAAAUCAGGGCAAAAUAGUGAUUCAAGGAGUGGUUUUGCAACUGUCGAGAAGGAAGUGCCUGGAAGCUUGACACCUAUGCUUGGCGAUAAGAAGGUGGAGUAUUUCUUGGGAAUCAAACGGAAAGCUGAACCUGGAUCUCAUGGCACCCCAAAGAAACCCAAAAAUUGAUAUUAUGUACCCAGUGAUUGGAGAACUGGAUUUUUCACGUUGAAGGUUUUCACGUACUAAAGGCUCCCUUCAUCUCCACUACAAUAGCUCUACUGUAGAUUUUUACUCCUAUACUGAGGUAUAUUGUAUUUAUAACUGUUGUACGGUCAAGUUUUGAUUGAAGGUUUUUGAAUUCUUCAAUGUUAAACAGGAAUCUAAUUGGUUCUGAAGCUCAUUUUUUGACGAACUCUUGCUGGGAAAGCAUUUGUAAGUGGCUAUACCGAAUGAAAAAUCUGAGCAAAUAUUUGGUAUUGCUAGGUUUUCUUUUGUUGACUUCAGAUGCUGUAUUGUGUGGCACUUAAUUUGGUAAGGCUCUUGUACA